AUGGCAGCACCCAUAGAUGUACCGUCACACGAGCCGCCUUCGCCUUUGGACAAGGGCUGGAGAGCCUCUUUGUGGAAGAAGUUCACCAGCAAGGCCCAUACACCAACGUCAUCUACAACCAAUGCGCAAGAGCCCGAUUUGACUCGAGAAGCCUCGCCUAGCUCAGGCUUAAUCCGAAGGGUAUCGCGGAAGGUUGUACCGGGGCUGCCUCGAGCCAAAACCUUCAAGAGGCAACAGUCCGAGGUCAGAGAGAAGCUGGAGGAGUUGAAGCCCACGCCUGCAGAACGCAGAGCUGUGUCUGUUGAUCGACGUUUGCAUCCCAGACGCAAUGUCUCCCACACGGGCCAGCCUCUUCCUCGCGCAAGUGCGCCCGACUUUUUCGACGAUUCGCACUCUUCCGUGGGCCCGCAAACGGUCAUAUCAGACAAUAUGUCGGCCCCUCAGAGUCCCGUCGACGAGAAGCAAUUUCUGAGUCUUGACGACCUCAGCACGCCAAACGUAGAACGGGUUCAGGAAGACCCGUUCAACCAAGUCCCUACCUACACCGAGCCAUUUUCAACGGCUGCUGAUGUCCAAUCCAUCACCACAUCUCACUACGACGCAAUGAUACAUGACGAGCUUGAGCAUCGGUGGAUACUGAAUCUCAGCAUGCAUUUUCGAGAUAAGUCUCGAAGAGAAAAGUUUUUUGUUACGUACCGAGAGAAGGAAUUCAUGUGGAGGCGGGUCACCAUCUCCCUGGACUACCGGGACGCACCGGAGGAUUCGCUCGAGAAGGAUCUCCUCCACAUCAAAUUCCAGAGGGAGAAGAGUGCAAAGAUUUAUGAAGCCAUACGCGAAAGUCUUCAGGACAUUCAGUUCUACGAGACCGUCACCAAUCUCAAGCUGCAGACAACGGAUGGAAGGUUACAUGUCCAUGUCGUGGAAGAUGUCAACGAGAUCAUCCACUACCCAACCGUCCGUAUGGUACAGCACUUGAGAUGUCGGCGUGUCAGGGAGAGAGAUCUUGAGUUUGACUCGCACAUGUCUGGCUUUGUCUACAAAGUCCGCGUGGAUGGGCAGACGCUCAUCAAGAAGGAGAUUCCAGGACCAGACACGGUAGACGAAUUUCUGUAUGAGGUAAAUGCUCUCAAUUCUCUGCGGUUUUCUCGAAACAUCAUCGAAUUCUUCGGCGUCGUUGUCGACGAUGAUGAUCAAUUCGUCAAAGGGCUUCUCAUCAGCUACGCCGACCAAGGUGCGCUCAUUGACAAGAUCUACGAUUCUCAAGAAUACGGGGAGCAUCUGCCUUGGUCGACCCGGGAGAGGUGGGCAAGGCAGAUUGUUCAAGGUCUGUCGGACAUUCACGAAGCCGGGUUCGUCCAGGGCGAUUUCACUCUUUCUAACAUUGUCAUUGACGACUAUCACAACGCCAAAAUAAUAGACAUCAACAGGCGAGGCUGCCCGGUCGGCUGGGAGCCUCCGGAGGCAACCCCACUCAUCGACAGCAACCAACGGAUUUCUAUGUACAUUGGUGUCAAAUCGGAUCUUUAUCAGCUUGGUAUGGUGCUGUGGGCGCUUGCGACCUUGGAGGACGAGCCCGAGGCCCACCGCCGACCACUUCGUUUGGAUCCCGAGAUAGAGGUACCACCGUGGUACCGCAGGAUGGUGGAAAACUGCCUACACGAAAAUCCCCGCGUCAGACUGCAGGCCACGGCACUACUUGCCAAGUUUCCCGAAUCAUCGUACGACGACAGGCCCGAGCUGCAACAACUGCCGUCGAUCUCUGUGGACGACGGCUAUUCACUGCAGGAGUACUUGGUCGACGGCCGUGAAGGACGCCCACAAAUUCGAACGGUCGAGCCUCGGUGGUCACACGCAGACGUGGGUGACACGCAGGCCACCUCACCUGGUCUGUCUGACGAGCCAUGCUACUACCCUCCACGUGGACGUUCUCCGCCUAGUCCACUGCCGAGCAGUCACGGCAUAUGUGAUACCCCUUUCCUUGAACGCGAAGUAAUAUGGUCGGAAUCUCAUGUCGUCCCUUCUACAAGUGGUGUUGGAAUGGAUGAGGCAAGGGUGGAGACGCCAAGAGAGAAUGCAGCAGAUGCUAUAGCGAAGCAAAUGGCGCAUGACCUCAAGAAGUUCGAUGCCGAUCCCCAGGCCGAUCUGGAACAGGACCAGGCUCUGACGACUGGUGGUGAAAGCCAGACGAACGAGGCAUCGCUAGCGAACGAUGUUGACCAGGUACCUCCUGCAAGGAUCGACCGCGUCGAGAAGCAGCUAUCGUCCAGUGGCAACGGCUCACAGCUUGCCACAACGUUCAGAGAGCCACCCACCACAGAAAUCUUGGGCGAGACCCCCAGUGUGGACGUUCUAGGACAAGCGGGAAGUGCUCCAAUGGAGAACCAAAUGGGGAUCACAGCACCCACAGGAACACAAAACCAAGGUGACAUUGAAAUUGCUGCGCAGGCUGGAGAAGCCUCACACGCACUGGAAGACGGGGACAGCGACUCCAGUCCCAAUUACACCCACCAGAGAAGGGAAGACCUGCCGCCUGAACUGACAGGUGUUGGGUCAGCAUACACGAAGCAGGAGGAAUAUCGACAGUCGAUGUGCUCAGACGAAGAUCUGGGUCUCAAUUCUACUACGGCCACACAGAACGUGACAUCUCAGGCUUGA